UCCUCAGUCGCCGACAUGCAGCUUUUUGUCCACGCCCAGGAGCUACACACCCUCGAGGUGACCAGCCAGGAGACUGUCGCCCAGAUCAAGGCUCAUGUAGCUUCGCUGGAGGGCAUCGCUCCAGAAGAUCAAGUCGUGCUCCUGGCAGGCACGCCCCUAGAGGAUGAGGCUACCCUGGGCCAGUGUGGGGUGGAGGCUCUGACCACUCUGGAAGUAGCCGGCCGUAUGCUUGGAGGUAAAGUCCAUGGUUCCUUGGCCUGUGCUGGGAAAGUAAGAGGUCAGACCCCCAAGGUGGCCAAACAGGAGAAAAAGAAGAAGACUGGUCGGGCCAAGCGACGGAUGCAGUACAACCGGCGUUUUGUCAAUGUUGUGCCUACCUUUGGCAAGAAGAAGGGCCCCAAUGCCAACUCUUAAGUCCGUUGUAAUCUGGCUUUCUCUAAUAAAGCCACUUAGCCUAA